ACGACUUGGAGAAAAUCCGCCACCUACGUAGCGAUCUUUGUUUUUUUAACUUGGUACGUGUCCAUUUGCAGCAGAACUAUCAGAACUUCAAUGGACGACGCGUUUAGAAGGGACGGUAACGAGUCUUCUGUAAGAAAUGGUCCACAUCCUGUAAAAAUUGCUCCCAAGCGCCGGCUGCCCGAUGCGCUGAUCAUUGGAGUGAAAAAGGGCGGAACUCGAACCCUUCUCACGUUUUUGCAAAAGCAUCCCCAAAUCGUUGCUAACUCGGAUGAACUGCACUUUUUCGACAAGGAUGCGAAUUUUUCUAAAGGACUUGAAUGGUAUAGAAAGCAAAUGCCAGCAGCUCGGCCGGACCAAGUGAUCUUGGAGAAAACUCCGAUCUAUUUUCCAUCACUUGCGGCACCUGAAAGAAUAUAUGAUAGCAUUCCUAACGUCAAACUGAUUCUUAUUGUGCGUGAUCCAAUUGUGCGACUCGUCUCAGAUUAUCUUCACGAAAAGAUACACUACAGAAAGACAUGGUCACUUGAAGAGGCUGUGACUAAUACUGCUCAAAACGGCUCUUUGGCUGUGAUUGAGAAUCGCAACAUAUUGAAAUUGAGCCUGUACGAUGAGGCCUACUCUCGAUACAUGAAAUUCUUCAAGCCGGAGCAAAUGCUCAUUUUGUCAGGCGAGAAAUUCAUCAGGGACCCGUGGGUUGAGCUUGAAAAAGUUCAAUCUUUCCUAGGAGUGCGCCAAGCGAUUCGAAAAGAAAACUUCUAUUUUAAUCCAGAAAAACAAUUCAUGUGCAUGAGAAGCACAGGGGUAAAUGGAUUUUGCAUGGGUGACAACAAGGGAAGAAAACAUCCAAAGGUCGCACAGAAAGUUUAUCAAGUUUUAAAAGAGUACUUUACUCCAAGUGUCAACCGAUUUGCAUUGCUUUCUCAGUCAAGUUUUUGCAAUGAAUGGUUGCAUGGUGAGGUGUGAGUUUUUAUUUUGUUAAUUUGAAUUGAAUAUGAUUUAUAAAAAUAAUAAAUUUACUGUUUAUGUAU